AUGGAUUCGACGAAUUUCGAUAAAAUGUUUAACCGGAAAGCUGCGGAGUAUUUGAACGCGAACGGAAAGAAGGACGAUGAUUUAAUGGAACGAGAGGUGAGGAUACCGGAACACAUGUUACCCAAGAAAAUCGUUUUGGAUGAUGAUGAUGCGAAGAAAGAAAAGAAGAUGGUGGAGGAAAACGAGGAGGAGUUGGGAAAGACGAUCCCGGAACAGAUUCUAGAGGCGUACAAGAACCAAAAUUACUUCAAAGCUUUAGCGGUUGCGGAACCGACGGCGGACGAUAUCGGCGACCCGAUUUGGCCUGUCACCGUCGCGGAAUUAUCCAAAGCGUUUCGUAAGAGAAGUUUACUCACGCACCCGGAUAAGAAUCCGGGCGAUAAGAAAGCUCGAGAGGCGUUCGAUGUGUUGUCCGAGUGUCAUCAAAAGUUGAAGAACGAAGAGACGAAACGAGAGGCGUUGAACGCGUUCGCGAAGAAGGCGUUCGAGAGGAUGUGUGCGGACGAUCCCGAGUUACGCGCGAGAGCGACGAAAAUGAGGGAGAGAAAAGAGGCUGGAGAUUUUCAGACGGAGAUUAAGCGGCAAAGAGAGGAAGGGAUGGAGAAGAGGAAAAGAAAGGAGGAGAUGAAGAUGAAGAGUAAAAACAGACGAGGCAAGGAAGAGGACGAAGACGAAGAGGCGAGGAAGAGGCGAGCGCUGUUAGAGGACGAAGAAGAAGAAGAAGAAAAGAAGAACGACGACGACGAGGACAAGAACGCGGUAGAGCGAGUCCAAGCUGCUUUGCUCAAGAAGAAGAAGAAGAAGAAGUCUUUCCUGUUUUGA